AUCAAUUAUAAGAAUCUUAUAUUGGAAACUCUAUCUAUUAUUUCAUAUAUAUCAUUCCUAAAACACACACCAUGAUGAAAUUCCUUUACUUGUAAACGAGCAGGCUAUGAGGAAAGCAAUAAGAAACAGCAUGUUGGUGGGAUGGCUCGCGAUCGUCCUUGCGUUGUCGCUUAUUAUUGGCUGUGUCGCACAUAAUGCAAACAGGUCGGCUGCACAGAGUGGUAAAUGGUCACAUUCUCCACUUAAGCUCCGUAUACUGCAUCACCAUGUCGUGAUGGAUAAUGGCAUCGUUAACCUCAAGUUAACAAAACCGACUGGCUUGAUCUCUGGUAUAGCAUACAGAGGAGUCAAAAAUGUCCUCGAAUAUAAGAAUAAAGAAACAAAAAGAGGGUAUUGGGAUAUUGUAUGGCGUCGGCCAGAGAAAAACAUAAGCAAUUUUGACGUUCUCCACAGCACGAGCUUCAGGGUCAUAUCACAUACUAAAGAGCAUAUAGAAGUUUCAUUCAUGACAGAAUGGAACGAGGAGCUUGCUGAAAGUGGUUAUCCCCUCAAUAUAGAUAAAAGGUUCAUAAUGAUUUCAGGAGCUUCCGGGUUCUACACAUAUGCAAUAUUCGAACACAAAAAAGGUUGGCCUGAUCUGAACAUUGAUGAAGCAAGAAUCGCAUUUAAGCUUAACCAGAUAAUUCAUGUGCACGGUUGGAUUAGUGUGCACCCUCACAUAGGAUUCUGGGUGAUAACACCAAGUGACGAGUUUCGAGCAGGUGGUCCUGUAAAACCCGAUCUUACUUCUCAUGCUGGCCCAACUUCCCUAGCAAUGUCUGCAGAAACCGAGAAAUGGCCCUACGACUUCCCAUUAUCGCACGACUUCCCUCAUUCAAAUCAACGCGGUACACUUAUUGGUCGUUUAUUAGUCAACGACUGGUACAUUAACAAAGACCCUUUGCCGGCAAAAUCUGCUUAUGUGGGUUUGGCUCGACCUGGAGACAUUGGGUCUUGGCAAGAUGAUGCCGAGCUUGUUUAUCAUCCUCCGAGAAACGGCCCCACUUUAUGGGAAAUCGGGAUACCUGAUCGAAUGGCAUCCGAAUUCUACAUUCCUGAUCCAAAUCCUGAUUUUACGAACAAGUUAUAUAUUAACCAUGCAGAAAAGUUCAGACAAUAUGGUUUAUGGGACAGAUACACAGAUUUAUAUCCUACAGAUGAUCUGACAUACCUGGUAGGAGUCAGUGAUUACAAAAAAGACUGGUUUUAUGCUCAUGUUAACAGGAAGACAGACAAAAAUGAGUAUACACCAACAACAUGGAAAAUUGUGUUUGAUUUGGAAAAUGUUGCAAGGAAGGAUUCAUACACGCUCAGGAUUGCUCUGGCAUCUGCCACCUUGGCCGAAAUACAAAUGUGGAUUAACGACCCGUACAAAAGGCAGCCUCAUUUUACGACAGGGCAGAUAGGGAAGGACAAUGCAAUUGCGAGACACGGUAAUCACGGGAUGUACUGGCUUUUUAGUGUCGAUUUGUCGGGAUUACAGCUUGUGAAUGGAAAAAACAUAAUCUAUCUUAAGCAAUCAAGAGGAAGAAAUCCUUUUAUAGGCGUCAUGUAUGAUUAUAUUAGGCUGGAGGGCCCGUAUCCAAAUAAUGAACCAUCACCAGAAGUGUUAUUAUAUGAUAGUUAGCAUUUGUCUUGGCUUGGUUGCUUUGUGGGGUUAAAGUUCAGGCUGAUGUCAAAUUUUUCCUCGAAGAUUUUGGAUGUGUAAGUAGUGGCUUAAGAUUUUUGUAUCUUUCUUUUCUUUUUCUUUUUUUUU